AUGAAAAAUUUACUAUAAAAUAGAAGCUAAAAGUAAACCAUAUAAGUUAAAGAAAAGGAAGGAAAGCCCAAAAUAUUUUUAAGUGAAUGUAAUUCAAUAAAUAUAGAAAAGACAAUUUAGUCAAAGAUUAAUAAAACUUAUAGUAAUGGCAUUCAUAACAAGUAUUAAUGUUAAAAUUAAUAAAUAUAUGAAUCAUUCUUUUAGCAAAAUGAAUUUUAGGGAGAUUAAUAAGAAAAUGCAAUAAUUUAGAGCGAAGAGAUAAAAAAUAGUCAAAAUGUUUAAUUACAAUUUUCAGACAACAAUAUUUAAACCUAUACACAUUAAGAAUAAAAUUAUUUUUAAAAAAAAUAAUAUAUCAAUACACAUUAACAAGAAAAUAUUAAAUCAGAAAUAUUUGGCAAUUUAUAAAGCUUUUAUGAAGAAAAUAAAAAUAUACAUACUUUGCAAAUAAAAUAUCAAAAUUCUUUAGAUAAAUAUAUUAAUUUAUAUGAUAAAGAACAAACGAAUUAAGAUUUGACUAUUAAAAGAAGAGAUUUAACUAAAAAACUAACAUAAAAAACAAUUUAAAGCUAAAAUAGCUUUAAUCCUAGUUAUCAUGAUAUAUAAUAAUAAUCUGUAAAAUAUUCAGGAGAUUAUUAGGAAUAACCAUCAAAUAUGUUAAUUACUAACUAGUAUACGAAUUUUAUGAAUAACCAAUCAUAAAAUUAAUAACUUUAGAUUGAAUAAAAAUUAAAAUAAAAAGGUUAUCGCUAGGGUUAACUUAUAGCAAAAGGUAGUUUUGGAAAAGUUUAUGAUGGAAAAAUAAUUGCAUAAGAUGAGAAUCAAGAAAAAGAAUGUGUCUUUAAAGUAUUAUUUUAUUAAAACGACAAGUAGUUAUAGGAUAUAGAGUAAGAAGUUUAAAUUAUGAAAAAAUUUGAGAAAAAUAUUAAUUUUUUAUAGAUUAUUGACGAUUUCAAAAUAGAUGAAGGUAUAUUUGUUAUUGUUAUCGAAAAAUGCAAAUAUACUCUUCAACAAUAAUUAAAAGAUUUAUAAUAAGGUGGAUUCAAAUUUUUAUUGCUUCUUUAAAUUAUAUUUAACCUUCUUGAUGGAUUGAUUUUACUCAAAGCACAUAAGAUUCUUCAUUGUGAUAUUAAGCCUACAAAUAUCUUAGUCAAACAGGAAGGGAUUCAUGUUUAUUGUGAUUUUGGUAUAUCUGUAACAAUAAAUGAAUCUGAAAAUGGAGUUGAUUUUAAAGGAUAUACUGAAUAUUAUGCGCCUAAAGAAUAACUAAAAAAUGAUAAAUAAAAGGCUGGGAAUUGGACAGACAUAUUUUCUCUAGGAAGGACAUUUCAAGAAGUACUUAAAGUAUACUAAUAGAUAAAUGGGUAGGAGAUAAAAGAAUUUAAUGAAUUCGUUAAUUAGAUGACUGAAGAUGAUAUAAAUAAAAGACCUGAUUGCUUAAAGAUUCAUGAAAUGUUUUUUAAAUAUGUUUUAAAUUUAAAAGAAAAUUUUAUAGAUAAAUUCGAAUUUUAUAAGCUGUACACAAACAAAAUAUAACAAUUGUUGCUUUUAUUUGCUUAUGAUGAAAAUAUAGAUAGAUAAUUCUACUCUGAUGUUUAAAUUUAUUACAAUAAACUGUUACUUACCUUUUACCAAAAUAUUCAUGACACAAAUUAGCCUUACGAUCAACCAGAACUAGCAACCUUAUUGUACAACCUUGGAAAUUGUUAUUUUAAAUAAAGAAAGCGCAAAGAAGCAUUAUAAUACUUUGAAUAGUCACUUGAAAUAAGGGAAAGGCUAUUUAAAUAUGAUCACAUUGAUACAGCUAACACUUUAUUCAAAAUAAGUUAUUGCUAAUUUGUAAAUAAUGAGAUUAAAUUAGCUUACGAUUUUUCAUAUAGAGCUUUGAUCAUGAGAUUAAAACUCUUUAAAAACAGUAAUCACCCUGACAUCGCUGAUUCUCUUAAUGAUUUAGGAUUGCGCUGUUAAAAUUUAGGGGAUAAUAAAAAAGCGAUGGAUCUUAUUUAAAAAGCUAUAGAUAUGUUAGAAGCAAUCAACCAAAAUAAUAAUGAAAAAUUAGCAAUUUAUUACAACAGUCUUGCAGUUAUUUAACAAAAUAAUGGAGAAUAUCUAAAAGCAAAAAUUAAUCUUGAAAAAGCUAAUGAAGUUCUAGAAAAAUUUGAAAAAAAAAAUAUUCCUUAUUAGUCACUCAUAAUUUAAAACAUUGGCAACUUAAAUAAUUUUUUAGGAGAUUACUAGAAAGCUGAAAAAUAUUUAUUAAAAUCUCUUAAUCUAAGAAAAGAAAUAUUUAAAGAAGACCAUUAAGAUAUUGCUACAAAUAUGAAUUACAUUGGUGAUAGCUACUUAGGUUUAGGAGAUUACUAAAAAGCUUUAGAAUUCUAUUUAAAAUCUCUAAGGAUAAGAUAGAAAAUAUUAAAUAAAAACCAUAACUCAAUUGCAACUUCUCUUAACAGUGUUGGAAACUGUUAUCUGAAGUUAAAAAACUACAAAUAAGCAUAGAAAAAUUUAUUUUAGUCUCUAAAUAUGAGAUAAAAUUGUAAAGAAAUAAACCCUCUUCACAUUGCAAUUUCUCUCAAUUAAAUUGGAGAGUUUUACUAUGAACUUAAAGAUUAUAAAAUUGCACUAGAAUAUUAUCAAGAAUCUCUUGCUAUUGCUAAAAGAGCACUCAGAUAAAAUCAUCCUCACUUUGCAAAGUAUUUUUAUAAUUUAGCCCUUUGCUACUAAUAGCUAGGAUAUGAUUUUAAAUCUUAGCUUUACUUUCUAUUUUCUUAUGAAAUAAAAAAUUAAGCUAAUUAAUUCAUAUUAGAAAAAGAAUUAAAAAUGUCUCCUUAUUUAUAAUUCUAUUUGAAAUUCUUGCAGUACACAAAAAAAUACAAAAAAAAAUUUGAAAUAAAUUGA